AACCUUUAAAGUCCUGCUGAAUGUGCACCCAGCUACUAUUUGGUAAUUAAUUCUUUAAAAAGGCGUGUGAAAAUGAAUGAACAAGUAUUAACUGAGUUUUUUUAUUGUAAUUAACCGGCGCUGUUUAGUUUUAAUAUUGGGUGACGUAUUUAUUAUGAAUACGGUCCAUCUGAAGCUCUGGUCCUUGCUGUUAGUGAAAGGCAGAACUCUCUCUGCUGCUCCUGUCGCACGCUGUUAUUUUCGUUUCCACCCGCACGUUUUCCAGUUCUUUCGAACAAUGGCUUCUAAUAACAACCCGGAGACGAGACAGCCGCCGGGUGGGAGGAAAGCCAAGCAGAAGGAGCCGCUGCGGCGAGUGAAAACCAAAGAGAACCGGAAUAAACGAGACGACCAUCACGGACCAUCCACGGUGUACCUGCAGGUGGUCGGUGCUGGGAGCAGAGACAGUGCUGCGUCACUCUAUGUCUUCUCCGACUACAACAGGUAUCUGUUCAACUGUGGUGAAGGAACACAGAGACUCAUGCAGGAACACAAGCUGAAAGCUGCUCAGCUGGACAACAUCUUCCUCACCAGGCUGAGCUGGGAGAACGUGGGAGGUUUAUCAGGGAUGAUAUUAACCUUGAGGGACUCUGGUGUUCCAGAAUGUGUUCUCUCUGGACCCCCACAGCUGGUGAACUACCUGAAGGCCAUCAAGUCCUUCUCUGGACCACUGGAAGACAUCAAGCUGUCGGUGCGACCGUGCACUGACGGGUCGUAUACGGACAACACGAUGACGGUUUAUCAAGUGCCAAUGUUUGCCCAGAUGAGGAGCGAUGGCGGAAAGCUCUCCCCCAAGUCCGGCAGGAGCAGCCCCUCUCGAAGUUCUCCCUCUCCGGACGGCUUCCACAGUAACAGCUGCGGAGACAGUCCCGGUGGUCCAGGUGAAACAUAUAAAGUAACCAGAGACACGUCGCUGGUGGUUGCCUUCAUAUGCAAGCUUCACCCCAAGAAAGGAUCUUUCUUAGUUCCUCAGGCCCGUGAGCUCGGUUUGCCCGUAGGCACAGCAGCGAUCGGCCCCCUCAUAACAGCUUUGAAGAAUGGGAAAAGCAUCACGUAUGAAGGAAAAGAGAUCCGACCCGAGCAGGUUUGCACUCCCACUGACCCAGGACCGAUCUUUAUUGUCGUCCAGUGUCCCUCUGAGGAGUUCGUCGAAGCCGUUUGCACCAAUCAGCAGCUGAGAAGAUACCAAACAGGAGGGACAGAGGACCCUGCUGUGCUGGUGGUCCACAUGACCCCAGAGUCUGUUCUGGAAACGGAUCAAUACAAGCAGUGGAUGGAGAGGUUUUCGUCCGCAACAGAACACCUGAUCCUCAACGAGCACGUCUGCACGGUCCACAACAUCAGAAGUCACAAGAUCCAAGCCCAGCUCAACAUGAUUCACCCCGAGAUCUUUCCAGAACUCAUGUCCUACAAAGCCAAGGAGCCUCAGGCUGCCCUGCACAUCCCGAACGUCAGAGCCGAGUGUCUCCUCAAGUUCCAGCUCAGACCCGUAAUGGAGUGGCAAAGAGAUGCCAUCCCCUCCUUCAACGCCGAGGAGUUUGUGAAGGAGGCGUCUGAGGUCCCAAACUUUCUGGAAGAGGUGGACGAGUGCAGGAGGAUCUGCUCGGCCGACGCCGCGGAGCCGUGUGGACAAGGAGACAAAUACCCAGAGGUGGUUUUCUUGGGAACAGGAUCAGCUCUUCCCAUGAAGAUCAGAAACGUCAGCGGCACGUUGGUUAAUAUCAGCCCGAGUCAGUCGAUGCUGCUGGACUGCGGGGAGGGAACCUUCGGUCAGCUCUGCAGACACUACGGGGACGGCGUGGACGAGGCCCUGUCCAAGAUCUCCGCCGUCUUCGUCUCGCACAUGCACGCCGACCACCACACGGGGCUGCUCAUGUUCCUGUAUCAGAGGAAGAGAGCGCUGGCGGCGCUGGGGAAGCCGUUCGGCCCCGUCUACCUGGUGGCUCCGCUCCAGAUCAUGGCCUGGCUCAACAUGUAUCACAACUUCUGCGAGGAGAUCCUGGAUCACGUCAACUUCAUCCCCAACAGAGUCCUUCAAGACGGCGCCGAGGCGCCGAAGGAGAGGACGAAGUCGUUCAUCCAAGCGCUGCUGAAGAAGAACGACCUGGAAAAGUUCCAGACGUGCACAGUGCGUCACUGUAAGCACGCCUUCGCCUGCAGCUUCACCCACCGCUCCGGCUGGAAGCUGGCGUUUUCCGGGGACACCAUGCCCUGCGACGCCUUCGUACACAUCGGAAAGAAUGCAACUUUCCUCAUCCACGAGGCCACGCUGGAGGACGGGCUGGAGGAGGAUGCUGUGGAGAAACGGCACAGCACGACCUCCCAGGCCAUCGGCAUCGGCAUGAGGAUGAACGCCGAGUUCAUCAUGCUGAACCACUUCAGCCAGCGCUACGCCAAGAUCCCCCUGUUCAGUGAGGACUUCACGGACAGAGUCGGGAUAUCGUUCGACCACAUGAGGAUUCGCUUUGGGGACUUUAAAAUCCUCCCCAGGCUCAUUCCCGCACUUAAAGCCCUUUUCGCCGAGGAUAUCGGUGAGAUGGAGGAGAGAAGAGAGAGGAGGGAGCUGAGAUGUCUGAGAGGAAGCAGCUCUGAGGUGAACCGCGAGAGGAAGACGGCCGACGUGAGUCGAGCUGCCAAAAGAGAGCAGGAGGAGGAGGAGGAGGCGGCGGCGCACAGCGUCGAGACGAAGAGGCUGAAAACCAGCUGAAGCCUGAGAGAACAGUUUGGUUUAAACAUGAGCACUGAGACUUUUAUUUAAAUGAAUUUUAUUUGGCUUGUGUGCUUUGAUUGAAGAAAACGCAUGUAUAUUUCUGACACUAUGAAUCGAGUCUUUGUUUUUCAUUAAACGCAGUAAAGUCGUA